AUGGCCGAGUCCAAGCCUGCGAGCAUGUUUAGCCUCAUCCAGCGCAUCAGCGGGGCGGGCGAUGGCGCGGGCAGUGACGACGAAGACGGGCAACGCAACAACGACGACGACGACGAUGACGACGAUGAUGACGAUGAUGAUGACGACGACGAGGACGACAACGAAGAAGACAAGCUCGCGUUUAUUGAGGAGAACCCGCCGCUGGCCGCGAUCCUCGACAAGUGGUGGCAGAGCUGCCUCACACUGCUCGAUGGCGACCGCAACGGCACGAUCGAGCGCGGCGAGUAUGUCAACUUGUACAAACGGCUCAUCUUUGGCACGUCGCGCAUGUAUGGGAAGAAGGCCAAGCUCAGCGACGACAUUGACGCACUCAUCGAGGAAGACUGGCAACGCGACAGCGGCGGCUUGAUCUCGAUGGACAAGAACCGGUUUUGCUUCUCGAUUUACGAGCUCGCCGAGGUGUGGGCGCGCGGCCAAAAGGUCAAGGCGUACGUCACCUAUCUCACGGAGCUCCACGAGUGGGUUUUUGUCAAGUUUGCCGACGACGCACCAAAGCCGGCCAAGAAGACGCCGCGGUCGACGACGAAGACGGCCAAGACACCCAAGCCCAAGACGCCGCCGCCCACCAAGACAUCAACAAAGGCGACACCGAGUCCGUCGAUCCCCCAGCGUCCAAGCGUCAAGCCGACACCAGUGCCACGUGCCGACAUCCUUGUGCUCGCGCCGCCCGUCGUCGUCGACGGUCCGGUCGACGCACCUUUGGCGGUUGUCGAUGUCGCCGACUUGAUGGAGCCGCCGUCGAUUCCAAUGCCCGAGCCGCAACCGCCGACCGUUGACACGCCAAGCUACUUGAAGGCUAGCAACUCGGUCGAAGCUCGCAUCGCUCUCCAAGACCGCAUCGAGGCGUGCCAGAAGCUCUUGCAGCCGCUCGCGCGCGUCUCGGAGAUUGCGUGGCUUCGCUGCACGGCGCGGGAGGCCGACGGCGUUCUCUCGGACAGUUUGAUCACCGCAGUGGAGAUCACAGAGCUUGGCGAGCACGUCUGUGAAAAGCUCCGACGGGCGAUUCUGUCGGCCGAGACCGCGCACAUCCCCGACCUGACUGCGUACGUGGACGACGCCGAGCGCGACGUGCACUUGUACAUUGCGCUCGUCACCGAGCUCGCCAAAGAGGCGCCCAAAAUGCACAAGUCGCCCAAGAAAAAGGGCGUGCGGCCACCCAAGCCAACGCCGGCGCACGGCCCUUCGCACCACGAGCUGUGCUUUGGCUCGCACGCGCUCUCGUUCGACUUGCCGUCCAUGCAGACAUACGCGAAGCGCGUCGCGCCGUCGUACGCUGCGUACAAGACGAAGCCAUCAGUGUUGUUGAAAUAA